AUUGCUCCCACUUCUGUUUGUAUCCUCACAGCCUAUGUCGGACCCAUGUGGGGCUGCGCCAUUCAAGCUUCUUCAGCCAUUGGACCUGUAAGAAGACCGUUGGUGCCCUAACACCUUUUUCACACUCUGCUUCUCGGCUUCUCUGUAAAAGACCAGCACCGGCGACAGCGACGGAUCAAGAACGAUGCUCAUCGAAGAGUCUCACGUCGACGUGCCCACCAAGGCGGGUGGGAACAUGAGAAUCUUCAUCUUCCACCCGAAGAUCGACGGCUAUCCGAAGGCCAAGUUUCCGGGCGUGGUUGUGUUCAGCGAGAUCUACCAAGUCACCGGCCCGGUCGCACGCUUCGCGCGCCAGAUCGCGUCUCACGGGUACAUAUGCGCCGCUCCAAGCAGCUACCACGAGUUCACGGGCCCGGAACCGCUGGCGUACGACGUUCCCGGCACGGACCAAGGCAACGCGUGGAAGAUCGAGAAGAAGCUCGAGGCUUACGACGAGGACGCGACCCUGUCCGUCGACCACCUGCUCUCCAUGCCGACGUGCACCGGCGCCAUUGGCGCCACGGGCAUGUGUCUCGGCGGCCACCUGGCGUACCGGUGCGCGCUGGACGCCCGCGUCAAGGGCGCGGUCUGCUACUUCGCGACGGACAUCCACUCGCACAGCCUGGGGCUCGGAAAGAACGACGACUCCCUGCGGCGCGCGGGCGACAUCAAGGGCGAGCUCGUCAUGAUCUUCGGCAAGAAGGACACGCACGUCCCGCCGGCGGGACGGGAUCUGAUCCGCAAGACGCUGAACGACGCCGGCGUCUGCUUCACCUGGUACGAGGUUGCGCACGCCCAGCAUGCCUUCAUCCGGGACGAGCUGAGCAAGGGGAGGUACGACCCGGCCAUUGCGGGCAUCUGCUUCCAGAUGCUGCUUGAGCUGUUUGGGCGUGUCUUGCGAUCUGAUCUGGGGCCAAGUUCCGUUGCUGGAGAGCCCGAGCACGUUUGCUGACCGACGGAGCCUCGUGGGUCCGCAGCUGUAGGAGCGAUGGAGCAUGCAUCUCUCCCUGCACUUUGGUGCGAGAGCCAGUAUGUUCAUUUGUCUGCUGCCGAGGAAUGAACGUGAGAUGGGGGAAGUGAUUGAACCAAGGGGCGAACGCUCAAAGAUGACGCCGAGAGCUCAUGGAAGAUCAUACAUCAGCGAAAAAAAAAGAUAUGAGAAAGAACGGAAAGGAUAAUGCGUAGCAUGUUGUUUCAAGAACGUGCAAAAGAGUUCCUGGUAGCACCGUGGGAUGGUGCCACAAAUUGAGGACGCCACGUGAGCACUUUGGCGAAGCAGUAGUAUAAGAAAUUCAUAUAUCGAUUUCAAAAACGCCUCUGAAUGCGUUAUCACGCCUGCCCAGCUCUGAUUUGUGGCUGUGACCGGUGAACUACUACAAUCUCUUGUAACAAAGAAAACCGAAGAACAAAGUUCGUUUAAAUAGGUCACACCAUUAGAGAAGAAAUUAGCAGAC